GAUGAUUUGCGUCUGGCUGCACUCAAAUCCGCCGGAGAAUUGCUGCGAUCUGCCCAGGCCAUGCCCACCACACACCCACUCUACGCCGAUUUGGAAAAGGCAGUGGUCGAAAGGAUUCGUAACUUCGCUAACUCACAGGCAUUUCUUCCACCAGGACAGCGCACCUCGCGUUCAGCCGGUGAUCUUUCUAGCUCCACGAAUGGCUCUAACCCUUCCACAGGGUGGUCCGGACCUGCAGUCAGUGGCCAGACUAAUGGUCAGGAUGGAUCGGAUGACUGGCAAGUAAUUGCACUGGACGGGGAUAUGAUCAUCUACAAAAGAGAAGUCGAGACGGAGGACGGUGUCGUGCUGGAUCCGUUGCAGUGUCCAGAAUCGAACGGUCCCCUAAGUGUGCGUGAGGCAGUUUAUCAUCUCUGGGUUGCUCUACCAACCAAUAGCAUUACUUCCAUUCACUGCAACAUAAACUAA